AUGCUGCGUCUACCGGUGCGAGUUCCUCUACGCCAACGCGGAAACCUGCUGAUAUCUGCCUUCUCCAGCUCAGACGCUAGCUUAAGCAACGAUGAAGCUAAUGAGAAGACUGCACCUUCGGCUUCCCCACCCAAGUACGAUCACGUCCGGAAACUGAUCGUGGGGCUCGGCAACCCUGGCAACAAGUAUACAAACACAAGACACAACAUUGGUUUUGCUGCAAUGAGGCACUUCCUCGAGACGUACGCAUCACAAGUGACGGGCAAGAACCUGGAGCUACAGCAUGAAGCAGGCAACCACGGCGACGUCGCCCGGUUCCGCGUUGCAUUCCAACAGAAUGCAGCUGACAAGGACUACAGUUUCCCUAUCGACGACUUGGUGAACCGCUCAUCGAAGCGUGCCAAGGAGCGGACUUUAAAGGAAGGCGUUCCACAUGAAGAAGUAAAUGUCGCGAUGCUGCUGCCGACGACGUACAUGAAUUGCUCUGGCACUGCCGUUCGGGCCUUUAUGCAGUCACAUCGCUGGCGACUCAAAAAGAACCCGCUGUCUCUGAAUCGACAGGACGAGUUGCUUGUGGUCACCGACGACGUAGCGCUGCCAUUCGGCGAGUGCCGCUUCAAGGCGAAAGGAGGUCCUGGCGGUCAGAACGGCGUGCGUGAUAUCAUCAAGUGCACAGGUUCUGAACGCUUCGCUCGCCUCCGCAUUGGUGUGGGUGCACCCUACUGGUUUGCGGGAGGUAACAGUGGCGCUCCGUCAGGAACGGCGAUGGACAAGUACGUGCUUGGACGCUUCAAUGGCGACGAGCAGAAUGCUAUGCCCGACUUACUACGCUACACGAACGAACUGUUGCGGUUGUAUCUGCACCGAGGCGUAGCGCAGGCCACCACGUACGCUAAUAGCAUGGACUUGCAGCGCUACUUGAAGCAGUAUGGCGCGUCAGCAAAGGGGCGUCACCGGCAAUAGACUAAGUACCGGUAUCAUUACCGGAAUCCAAAACUCGUGUGCCUGAAUAGAGAAUACAUGUAUUUUAUAUAAA